GCUGCUUAUAAAUUACGUGGGCAAUGGCAGUUCUCUCCAGGCGUUCCAGAGCACGGUCUCUGCUCACGAAUCCCAAUAAGCGACAGCUCCCAUUAAUGCGCUUCUCCUCUUCCCCACCCUUCGUCAAACACGAGAAGCGAGCCAGCGAGACGCCGAGGGAGCCGCCACGGGAUCUCUCGGUUUCGAGCUACAAGGCCCUGAUUAAUCCCUCCGUCUCCCCAUCCCUUCUUCUCUCCUCUCCGACGCCUUGGUUGUUCUCUUCCACAAUCCCGGCUGAUAAAAAAGCGAUCUUGAUGGGUAAAGGGGGACAGAGUCAUGGGAGGGGUUGCGGCGGGGAGCGUCUCUCCCCGCCCUCGUCCUCCCCAUCAACUUUUCCGGCUUGGGCUCGAAGCGUGGCGGAAUGCGAGGCGGAGUUCAAGGUGUCGGCGGAGCGUGGGCUCUGCUCCGACGAGGUCCGGCGGCGCCACGAGGUCUACGGGUGGAACGAGCUCGAGAAGCACUCCGGGCCGUCGGUCUGGCAGCUGGUCCUCGAGCAGUUCCAGGACACUCUCGUCCGGAUCCUCCUCGGCGCCGCCGUCGUCUCCUUCGCCCUCGCCUGGUACAAUGGAGGCGAGGCCGGCGAUGCGGGCAUCACCGCCUUCGUCGAGCCCCUGGUCAUCUUCCUCAUCCUCAUCGUGAAUGCUGUGGUCGGGGUCUGGCAGGAGAACAACGCCGAGAAGGCCCUCGAAGCUUUGAAAGAGAUCCAGUCGGAGCAUGCCAUGGUGAAGAGGGACGGGGAAUGGCUCCCCAAUCUUCCGGCCAAGGAUCUGGUCCCCGGCGAUAUCGUGGAGCUCAAGGUCGGGGACAAGGUCCCGGCCGACAUGCGAGUCCUCCACCUCAUAAGCUCCACUCUCAGGGUAGAGCAGGGGUCGCUGACAGGGGAGAGCGCCGCCGUGAACAAGACCAACAAACGGGUGGAUUCCGACGACACCGAUAUCCAAGGAAAAGAAUGCAUGGUCUUUGCUGGUACCACUGUCGUCAAUGGGAGUUGUGUUUGUUUGGUUACUCAGACUGGAAUGAACACCGAAAUCGGCAAAAUACACUCUCAAAUUCACGAAGCUUCCCAAAGCGAAGACGAGACACCCCUGAAGAAGAAAUUGAAUGAGUUUGGUGAGUUACUUACUGCUAUAAUUGGCGUGAUUUGUGUGUUUGUUUGGCUGAUCAGCGUGAAGUACUUCUUGACUUGGGAGUAUGUCGAUGGCUGGCCGAGGAAUUUCAAGUUCUCUUUCGAGAAGUGCACCUAUUAUUUUGAAAUUGCGGUGGCUCUGGCUGUCGCUGCGAUCCCGGAGGGUUUGCCGGCGGUGAUCACAACUUGCUUGGCUCUGGGUACUCGAAAGAUGGCGCAGAAGAAUGCGCUGGUGCGGAAGCUGCCCAGUGUUGAGACCCUGGGGUGCACGACGGUGAUUUGUUCCGACAAGACCGGCACGCUGACCACAAACCAGAUGUCGGUGGUAAGGCUGGUGGCGAUGGGGCGCUCGACCAAUAUGCUUAGGAGUUUCAAAGUUGAUGGUACAACGUAUGAUCCUCAUGAUGGGAAGAUUCAUGAUUGGCCGACCGGCGACAUGGAUGAGAAUCUUCAGAUGAUUGCGAAGAUAGCUGCUGUUUGCAAUGAUGCAAGUAUUGGGCAUUCGGCUCAUCAGUUCGUUUCCAGUGGAAUGCCCACAGAGGCGGCUUUAAAGGUCCUGGUUGAGAAAAUGGGGCUUCCAGGAGGGUCUGCCACUUCAUCUUUAGAUUCUUCUGAGAUGUUACGAUGCUGUCAAUGGUGGAAUGGGAUUGCAAAGAGGAUAGCAACUCUUGAGUUUGACCGCAUGCGAAAAUCUAUGAGUGUCAUUGUGAAGUCAACCUCAGGAAGCAAUUCCUUGCUUGUGAAGGGAGCUGUAGAAAAUCUGUUAGAAAGGAGUACUUUUAUACAGUUGAUUGAUGGUUCUGUUGUACAGUUAGAUGAAAGUACGAAAGGUCUUAUUUUAGAAGCCCUUCAUGGCAUGUCAUCCAAUGCUUUGCGCUGUUUGGGUUUUGCAUAUAAGAAUGAUCUUUCAGAAUUCGCAACAUAUGAUGGCGAAAAUCAUCCUGCUCAUAAGAUUUUGCUUGAUCCAUCUAAUUACUCAUCAAUUGAGAGUGACCUCAUCUUUGCUGGCUUGGUUGGAUUGAGGGAUCCCCCUCGAGAAGAGGUUCACAAAGCAAUUGAGGACUGUAGAGCUGCUGGUAUUCGGGUCAUGGUCAUAACAGGUGAUAACAAAGAAACAGCAGAAGCAAUUUGCCGCGAAAUAGGUGUUUUUAGGACUGAAGAGGACAUUAGCUCAAAAAGCUUCACAGGGAAAGACUUUAUGUCUCUUCCUGAUAAAAAAAUUCAAUUGAGGCAAAAAGGUGGACUUCUUUUCUCGAGGGCUGAACCAAAGCACAAACAAGAAAUUGUGAGAUUGCUUAAAGAAGAUGGUGAGGUGGUUGCGAUGACAGGUGAUGGAGUGAAUGAUGCCCCUGCUCUGAAAUUGGCUGAUAUUGGUAUUGCCAUGGGCAUUGCUGGUACUGAGGUUGCUAAGGAAGCUUCAGACAUGGUGUUAGCAAAUGAUAAUUUCAGUACAAUAGUUGCUGCUGUUGGUGAAGGAAGAUCCAUCUACAACAAUAUGAAAGCCUUCAUAAGGUACAUGAUCUCCUCCAAUAUUGGUGAAGUUGCCUGCAUCUUUCUAACAGCGGCUUUAGGUAUCCCUGAAGGGCUAAUCCCGGUACAGCUUUUGUGGGUCAACCUCGUCACAGAUGGCCCGCCUGCAACUGCUUUGGGCUUUAACCCCCAAGAUAAAGAUAUCAUGAAGAAACCCCCUAGAAAAUGUGAUGAUUCAUUGAUCAAUGCAUGGAUCUUAUUCCGUUAUUUGGUCAUUGGGCUUUAUGUUGGCAUUGCAACCGUUGGUGUUUUCAUCAUAUGGUACACACAUGGAUCUUUCAUGGGAAUUGACUUGACUGGCGACGGCCACACACUUGUCACCUUUUCCCAGCUUUCCAACUGGGGCCAAUGCUCAUCCUGGGAAGGCUUCGAGGUCAACCCUUUCACUGCUGGAAGUAGGAAUUUCUCCUUUGAUGCCAACCCUUGUGACUAUUUCAAAACUGGAAAAGUGAAGGCAACAACCCUUUCACUCUCAGUCUUGGUGGCCAUAGAGAUGUUCAACUCUCUCAAUGCUCUGUCAGAAGAUGGCAGCCUCCUGAGUAUGCCUCCUUGGGUCAACCCAUGGCUUCUUCUGGCAAUGUCUGUCUCAUUUGGGUUGCAUUUUCUGAUCCUAUACGUACCAUUCCUUGCUCGAGUGUUUGGAAUUGUGCCGCUUAAUUUCAAUGAAUGGCUCUUGGUGUUGCUGGUCGCUUUCCCUGUAAUCCUCAUUGAUGAGGUUCUCAAGUUUGUCGGACGUUCCAAUGUCAGAAGAUUGUCUGCAAAGCACAAGGAUGACUGAAGCCCGGUCUGGGAGGACAGAUGCCACCGGUAGCAAUACAUGUUCAAUAUUAUCUUGGUGCAUCCUUGUAUUACGUGGACAAAAAUCAUUUUGCACAAACUUUCAUUCUUUAAUUCACCAUCAAGAGCCAACUUCAGGCCUUGACAAAACAAAGGCAAGAAUGGAGAAUCCGGGGAUAAUUGCAAUUAUUGCAUUUAAAGGAUUCAAGUUGUUUCUUUGUAUGUCUGAUAUAAAUAGAAAUAUCUGUUAUUUUGGUGAUCUAUUGGAUCUUA